AUGGGAUUUCAUCACCCUAAUGCUUCAGAUUUUCGGUUUCAGAAGCUCUUAUCAUUGCUCAGUUGCAGCAUUGCUGGAAAGACAUAUUUUUCUCUAUUCUCAUCAAUGGUAGGAGCUUCGGUUUUUUCAAGAGUACUAGAGGACUUCGCCAGGAAGAUCCUCUCUCCCCUUCUAUCUUCAUCCUUACUUUCUAACGUGAAAAUCCUUCUCAGAUUUAUCAAAAUCUAUGAAAAUUCUUCAGGCCAAAAGGUUAACACUGCUAAAACCAUCUUCAUUGCUCCCAAGAAGACCUCCAGAAGCAAAGCUCGGCGUCUCUCUGCUAUUUCAGGCUUCUCCCAAGGGUUCUUCCUAACAACCUACCUGGGUGUCCCCAUCUCCAAAGGCAAAAUAUCCAGACCGAUGUUGCAGCAAUUAGUCCAAAAAAUCACCAUCAUGAUCGAAGGAUGGAAAGCUAAGCUCCUCAACCCUGCUGCUAGACUGGUGUUAAUCAAACACGUCCUUUCGAGCAUCCCCAUUCAUCUCCUGUCAGCAAUCAACAUUCCAAAAUCAAUCAUUAGAUCGAUUGACAGCUCCAUCGUAAAUUUUUUCUGGGGAAGUUUAGCUCACGGCAACAAGCACCACUGGAUAAGUUGGGAGAAAAUUUGUGCACCUCAGCAAGAAGGGGGGCUAGGAAUCAUGAGGAUUGAGGAAGUUAUGCGAGCGCUUCGCAUUAAAAUGGCUUGGAAUCUUCUGAAAGGUUCAUCACUUUGGGCUGGUUUAUUCUCGGCAAAGUAUCUUUGGAAGUUCCUCUCCAAUCAUGGCAGAUUAGGCGUUGUCAUCUUUCCUAGCUGGAAGGAAAUAGCCAGAGUAUUACCGUUCACCCUCAAACACUCUAAAUGGCUUUUAGGCAUGGGCAACGUCAGUUUUUGGUUUCAUAAUUGGUCAAGCAACGGGAUAUUGGCUGGUGCUGUCGUAACUAUAAUUCCUCGCCACCUGCUGUAUGCCACGGUCAGUGAUUUCAACCCCAUUUCAGGCUGCAUGCAGCUUGCAGAUGUCCAAGACAUAAUCACCCCUUCAGCUAUGGCGGUCCCUAUUGAUACUGCGAUCCAGAGGUUUGGAGUGUCACUUGCAUCGAAGUGUGAAUGCUACAGGAAUCGGCAAUCAGCAGACCCAAUGCAAUUCGCUUCGAAUCUAGCAGACCGGUGCCGCUCGCAGCCUCAGUUUGCUGCUACUCUCCACUCGAUCAGUGUCUUGCCGAGACCGUUGUUUCCCCCUAAUCACCUUUCAGGCACUGCUGUCCCCAUUGGACAGGGAGCAGAAGAAAGCAUCGCCCAUCUGUUCUAUCAGGGCCAAACAGCCAGCCGGAAAUUGCCUUUCUCAACACUCUCCACAUCACCAAUGGGUUGGUUGAAGCUUAACAUUGAUGGCUCAUCUAGAGGUAACCCAGGGGAGAGUGGAGGUGGAGGAGUUUGCAGGGAUCACUCAAGCAACCUCAUUUUUGCAUUUCAUAGAUACUACAGCACUGCCUCCAACACAAUCACUGAAACCCAAGCCAUGCUUGAUGGAUUGAACAUUUGCUCAUAUCUGGGCCUGACCAACAUUAUCGUGGAGUCUGACUCAAAGCUUAUUGUGGAAGCAAUGGAUGACCUUCUUUCAUCCAUUCCUUGGAAAUUUUGA